GCUGGCGGCUCUCACCCCCGCCGCCGCCCACUGCAGCUCGACGCUCGCGCCCCUUUGACGAGAGCCCGCUGUCGGCUCACACCGACGGAAGCGUCACCAGCACCCGCAACCCCAUCGUCGCCGCGCCGUCACGCAGCCAGCCGCUCUGAAACCUGUCUCGCCGGCUUGCGAAUCCAUCAUCGACGACUCCCUUGCGACGCGCUGAGCCUAGCGCUCCACCUUUGUCCUCGCCCGACCUCCCCAUCCUGCCCGCGGCCGCGAGCCGCAGCGAGCACCAGGCACAAUGGGUAUUUGCAUGAGCACCAACAAUGAGGAUGUCGAGCAGAAGAAGCGAAGCCAGGCCAUCGACCGGAAGCUCGAGGAGGACUCUCGUCGGUUACGGCGAGAGUGCAAAAUCCUCCUGCUGGGCUCCGGCGAGAGCGGCAAGUCCACGAUUGUCAAGCAGAUGAAGAUUAUCCACCAGAACGGCUACACACAGGAAGAGCUCGCCAUGUACCGCCUCACAAUAUAUAAGAACGUCAUCGACUGCGCAAAGGCUCUGAUCGGCGCAAUGCACCAAUUCGACAUUGAGCCUGAAGAGCCCGGGAACGAUGAGUACUGCCAGUAUCUGCUUGAGUACACCGUAGACCCCGACCCAGAGAAGCCGCUCGACCUGCGGGUUGGCCAAGCCAUAACAUCCGUUUGGCGAGACCCCUGCGUGCCGAAGGUGCUUGAGCACUCGAGCGAGUUCUACCUGAUGGACUCGGCGCCAUAUUUCUUCGACGAGGUGAUGCGGAUAGCAGACCCCAACUACAUCCCAAUAGAGUCCGACGUCCUGCGCGCGCGUACAAAGACCACCGGCAUCUACGAGACAAGAUUCACGAUGGGCCAAUUGAGCAUACACAUGUUCGACGUGGGCGGCCAACGGAGCGAGCGCAAGAAAUGGAUACAUUGUUUCGAAAACGUCACAUCAAUCAUUUUCUGCGUGGCCUUGAGCGAAUACGACCAAGUGCUACUGGAGGAGAGCUCUCAGAACCGAAUGAUGGAGAGCCUGGUGCUGUUCGACUCCGUAGUAAACAGCCGGUGGUUCAUGAGGACAAGUAUCAUCCUGUUCCUGAACAAAGUGGACCUGUUCAAGGCCAAGCUGGCGCGGUCACCGUUAGGGAACUAUUUCCCGGACUAUUCUGGAGGCAACGACGUCAAUCGCGCCGCGAAGUAUCUCUUGUGGCGGUUUAACCAGGUGAACCGGGCGCACCUUAACCUAUACCCUCACCUUACGCAAGCGACCGACACGUCGAAUAUCCGACUCGUCUUCGCCGCCGUGAAAGAGACGAUAUUGCAGAACGCGCUAAAAGACUCUGGCAUCCUAUGAACGCUGCGCACCACCGUCUCCCGCCGACGAGGCCACACGUCGACCGCUGUGCAUAUCGCCUCUUCCCUCGACCUUACCGCAUAAUACACGAGCCUUCAUGAUCGCUACACCGAUCGUGGCAUAUUUGACGCACUUCUGGGUCACGAAAUAGGAUUUUAGGACAUAUCAUUGCCUCUCGUCAUCAGAGCGCAGCAUCGGAGUUCUUUGGCGUUCUGUUUCUUGGGGGAUAUCUGGUCCUUGCUACCAUACUACCCUU